CGAGAGGACGUAAGUACUACCAGGCUGACCUCCAAGUUGCCAACGUCUGGUUCAAGCUCUCACUGCUACUAUAGGGCGUGGAAUGUCAUGCCAACCCAUCAAAUGCUACGCACAAAUGUGAGGCAUUGGAGGAGCUACAUGCGCAAAAAGCCUAUAGAGUAGGUACCCGGGCCAGUAAUAUCGAUUAAAGGCUUGCUAUCACCCAGGGUGACUAAGUCAGUCCUCUGAUGUCAUCAUGAUGCCAUCUUACAGGUAGUUUAUAUAUGUCCAAGAUAACUACCACUUCCCAGUUCAAAGCUCAACUCACUGAUCAUGCCAGAAUCCAACAAGACGCGCAUUUUCGUAACAGGUGCUACUGGUUACAUUGGUGGAUCUGUUUUAUCUGCACUGUUGUCCCACCCUAGGGCCGAAUCGUUUCAGAUAACCGUUCUCACUCGCUCCGCCGAAAAGGUCGAGCUAUUCAAUAGCGUCGGUGUCGUAGCUGUCGUCGGCUCCAACCAAGAUCUUGAAAAGCUGACAGAGCAUGCUAGGGACUCUGAUGUAGUCUUUGCCUGUGCUGACGCCGAUGACCUUCAAGCAGUCAAAGCAAUCCUCUUGGGAUUGAAAAAGAGAUACGGUGAAACAAACAAGGUCCCUAUUCUCAUCCAUACUUCUGGAACCGGAAUCCUUAUCGACGAUGCCGCAGGAAAUUAUGCUACCGACAAAAUCUAUUCCGACCUUGACAUCCCAAUGAUCGAGUCACUACCCAAGACACAACCUCAUCGUGAAGUUGACAUCGAAAUUGUCGCUGCUGGUGAAACAGGUUACGUGCGGACAUAUAUUAUUUUGCCUUCGACGAUUUAUGGCAUCGCGGAUACAUCAUUGGUCAAACUCGGCAUUCAGAACCCGUACUCUAUACAAAUCCCUGGUCUUAUUAAAGCCAGCAUUAAGAGAAAACAGGGUGGAGUCGUCGGGAAAGGGUUGAAUCUAUGGCCCAACAUUCACAUCAAUGACAUAGCUACUUUAUACAUCACCGUUUUCGACGCUGCCAUGAAGGGCCCAGGUGGAGCAGGUCACGGUCGCGAGGGCUUCUAUUUCGGCGCAAAUGGAGAACAUCGUGUGGGUAGGAUCUCUGAGAUUAUCGCUGAGUUGUUAUAUGAGAUGAAGGUGGGCAAGAGUCCCGAACCUACCGUUUUCACGGAGGAAGAGUUGCAGAAGUAUUUUGGGGGCCCAUAUCUUGGAUCGAACUCCCGUGUGCGGGCGGAACGAGCUAAAUUGAUCGGUUGGAACCCAGUGCACGCUAUCGACAGCCUUUGGGCGAGUCUCAAGCCAGAGACCGAGGCGGUGGCGCAGAUACAAAACAUCUAAAUUGCGAAUCACAGAAAUUCAAGAUUUGUACUAUGGGCGCAAUUCUUAUCAACACUAGUUACUAUCCCAAAGCGCUCACACUUUGUAUGAUAUGUAUUCAGAAAUCACGCAAACCACCAGAUUAUCUAACUCGAAUCGCGAAAAUAAGAGACGAGUGCUAAGCACAUUCAACUAAGUACUGAAUCCCACAUUUGCUUUGCGACAGCGCAGGUUGGCCAU